AUGGGUUUCACCGACUUUGUUUCUGAGGCUGGCCUUUCCUUGGCCAACACCUUCUUCAACAACCGGAGCUACGUCGUUGGCACUGCUCCUUCUCAGGCCGAUGUUGUGACCUUCAAGGCCUUCUCCGGCGCUCCCGACGCUGAGAAGUACCCUAACGUUGCCCGCUGGUACAAGCACAUCGCCUCUUACGAGUCUGAGUUCUCCAAACUCCCUGGUGACGCUUCCAAGGCCUACACUGCCUACGGCCCCGAAGCUUCGGAGACCAACCCCAAGGACAAGCCUGCCGAUGACGACGACAUGGACCUCUUCGGCAGCGACGACGAGGAGGAGGACCCUGAGGUCGUUAAGGAGCGUGAGGCUCGUCUCGCAGAGUACAAGAAGAAGAAGGAGUCCAAGCCAAAGGCCAUUGCCAAGUCCCUUGUGACUCUUGAGGUUAAGCCUUGGGAUGACGAGACCAACCUUGAUGAGCUCGAGGCCAACGUCCGUGCCAUUGAGAUGGACGGUCUUGUCUGGGGUGCCUCCAAGAGGGUCCCCACGGCCUUCUCCCUUAACAAGCUCCAGAUCAACCUUGUCGUCGAGGACGAGAAGGUCUCCACCGACGAGCUCCAGCAGCAGAUUGAGGAGGACGAGGACCACGUCCAGUCCACCGACAUUGCUGCAAUGCAGAAACUGUAA